AUGUGGUUACCAUUAUCUACUCUCGCUUUGAUUGCUCAAACUGCUCUUGCUGCUUCAAGUCAUAUCAUUCAAUUGAACACACAAUCAACAUUUGGUGAAUUUUCAGCCCAAGGUUCUUCUAUAAAUGGACUAAACUUAAACACAAGUGAGGAUGAUACUAUUGAAAUUGGUAAUUUUAAAGCCGUUGUUGCAGAAAUUGAAGAUAACAUCUUGGAUCAUUUAUUAAGUUUACCAAUUGUUAACACAAUUUUCCCAAAUGCUGAAAUCAGUCUCUUUGAUACCCCAACUAAUGCAUUAACUCAUAAGACUCCAAAAAGAUCUAGACAAGUUCUUCAAAAAAGAUCAGAAUCGGUAUUUGAUAAAAGAGAUGAUGGUGUUACUACUCAAAGUAACGCACCAAGACAUUUAGCAAGAUUAUCAUCAAGAAGUGGUAUUUUCAAUGAAUCAUCUUUAGAAUAUAAUUAUAAAGAAACUGGUAAAGGUAUUACAGCUUAUGUUAUUGAUUCGGGUAUUUCAGUUACACACCCAGAUUUUGAAGGUCGUGCUAAAUAUGGUGUCAAUUUAGCUGGUGGUUCAAAUGAACCAGUUAGUAAAGAUGAAACUGGUCAUGGCACAAAUGUUGCAGGUAUUUUGGGUUCCAAAACAUAUGGUGUUGCCAAAGAUGUUGAAAUUAUUGAUGUUAAAGUGUUUGGGUAUGGUGGUACUACUUAUACCAAGACUAUUUUAAAAGGUAUUGAAUGGGCUAAUAAUGAUCGUAAGAAUAAAUCUUCAAGCGCUGUUGCUAAUUUAUCUCUUGGUGGUCAAAAAAGUCAAGCUUUAGAUCAAGCUGUCGAAGCUGCUUUUGAUGAUGGAUUAGCUGUUAUUGUUGCUGCUGGUAAUGCAAAUAAAGAUGCUUCAACUUAUAGUCCAGCAAGUGCUAAAAACGUCAUUACAGUUGGUGCUUUAGAUGAUAGAUCAGAUACUAUUGCAAUCUAUUCAAAUUAUGGUCCAGAUGUUGAUGUUUUCGCUUCAGGUGUUGCUGUUGAAUCAUUGAAUUCACAGAUCACUGGUCCACCAACUGAAUAUUAUGGGACUUCUCAAGCUACUCCUGUUGUUGCAGGUCUUGCUGCUACUUUAUUAGAAAAAGGUAUCUCUAAAGAUCAAUUGAAGGAUGAAAUUAUCAAAUUAUCAACAAAGAAUGCAAUUUCUGAAGAAACUUUUGAAAAUAAUAGUGAUUAUGAUAAUACUGUUAAUAGAGUUGCUAACAAUGGUGUUGAAAGUACUGAUGAUGAAAUUGAUGAUCCAUCAACUCAGGAGCAAGAUGAAGACUUGCGUGAAUUUAUUGGUAAUUGA